AAAAUCGAGAGAGAGAAAGGGAGAGGAAGGAUCAUGAGGGGCGUGGGAGGACCGCUGCUAACGAUCGGAGAUCUGCUAAGCGACGUCGGAGAGGAAUCCGGUGCUGCUCCGCCGGAACAUCUUCCAUCACCACCGUCGCCAUCAUCCCUUGAACUUCAACCCUUGGAUCUCACUAGACUCUUCCAGGAAGAUUAUGAUAAAUUGGACAAGGCAUUUGCUGGUUCAGACCACUCGUGGACAGGAUUAACUCUGAAGCUAUGUAGUGCUUUAGAAACCGCAAACAAGUUGGUGAAAUCCACAGACACAAAUGCUGGAGUGCUGCUGGAGAAGGUUGUAGAGCUUGAAAGAAUUGUCAAGAGGACACAUUCAGCAAUAGCAGCAGCCAAAGGCAUCCCUAUUUGUCUAAACCGAAAAGAGGGAUCAUCUAGUCUUCAUUAGGAGACUCAUCUUUAACUACAUUGAUGUUUGCUGAAUUUACAGUAUCAGAAAUUUGGGAGAAAAUUGAAUUUGUUCCUUCCAGUAUGAAUGUAUCAAACAUUUUUGUAAUAUAUAUGUGAAACCUUUAUCCAUUUCUUCUUUGCUCUCUGGACAAUGAGAGAUAAUCAGGAAGAGGAGAAGAUUGAGAAGAGUGUGUGGAAGUUGUAGUUGACAAGGAAGCAAGAGUAGAACCUGCUGUUGCCAAGGAACAAUCCCUUUGCCACUUUUUCUUUGGGAAUGCUACAUUCCUUGGUUGCGAACAGACGUGGGAGCUGCCACCUUUCAACUUGUGUAGUGCACAGCCACAGUUGCUGUGGUAUGGGCUCCACUGGAUAUUUGUGUCAUUUGUAGUUAUGCUUCCAUCAAAGACAGACUGAAACGUCAUGUGAGCUGCCCCAGAUGCCAUUUUCUCCCCUUCCAGAUCCCCUGUCUCUCUAUGUAUUGAAUAGUUUCUAUGUGUUGUGCAUGCUUCCUUAGGGUUUAUAUAGAGCUUGAUACAAGAACUUUCAGGAGUAGUCAAGAGAGAACAGCCUAGUGUUAAUUAGUGCUGCAUGUAGAAUUCAGGAGAACUUUGCACUAAGAAGUUCUUGUUAAAGACAGUUAACUAAGACAAACGAGUUUCUUGGGUAGUUAAGAGUUCUAUGAGGAAACUAAUUUAGAGAGAGAAUCCUUGCUUGCCUUGGCUUGGUUAGUUUUGCAUUGAUUUGUCUUUAGAACUUGGUUUGUCCUCCUUCUUAUUGUCACAUUUUAACUGAAGCCGUUAGAAACUUAGAGAGGGAUCUUUGUAUAACGGACUUCGAUGUUGUUAUUCUGA